AUGAAAGGCCUUCUGCUGCUCACCUUAUCUUCUUUGCUCUGCUGGGUCUCAGCUCACGUUCACUGUCACUCCUGCUUGGGCUGUGUGGACCAGUAGUACUGCCACCUGAAACCAGGACACAAAUGCCUAACAACAAAUGGGUACCUGGGCAAGAUGUGGGUUUUCAACCUUUGCUGUGGCACUACUGAAAAGGCCUGUCGAGACACCUUCAACCAAACCAGUCGCAAGCUGUGCCUGACCUAUAACACAACCUGCUGUGACAAGGACAAGUGCAAUAGUCCAGCCCUUCGGCCCACCCCAUCCCUGGCCCUGGUCCUCCUUACCUCCUUGGCUGGCCUUGGCUUCUGUCUGCUGCACUGA